UCCUCGAACCCAGCACUCGAGUCAACUGUCCCAGCCAACCAAUACCCAGCUGCAACAUGAAGUUCACCAUUGCCAUCGCCCUCGCCUGCCUGCUUGCCUGCGUCCUGGCCGCUCCACCAGCCAUCCAACAGGACGCACAGGUGCUGCGAUUCGACAGCGACGUCCAGGCCGAGGGCUAUAAAUUCGCCGUGGAGACGAGCGACGGCAAGUCGCACCAGGAGGAGGGCCAGCUGAAGGACGUGGGCACCGACCACGAGGCCCUGGUGGUGCGCGGAUCCUACGCCUAUGUGGGUGACGAUGGCCAGACCUACACCAUCAACUACCUGGCCGAUGAGAACGGCUUCCAGCCCGAGGGCGCCCAUCUGCCCAGGGCCGUUCAGUAAAGCGGGCAAAGGUCCCCGCGGGGAAUCCGAUUGCAAGUCAUUCGCCAAUCAAGUUCCAGUCCAGCAUAAAUGUGUUAACUAUGUUUAAGUUAUGUGUGAAAAGCAUCGUCAUAU